CCUGCCCUGCUCAGAUGCAUUCAUUUUCUCUGUAUCAGUGCUGAGGAGGUACCUCCCUGCUGCUCCCUGAGACACCAUGUCUUGUAGAAGAGGCAAGCAAAGCUUCUUGACCUGACAAACUUCAUCUGGCUUCAAAUUUUAGGUCACCUUGCUCAGCCAUGAACGCCUCAGCACCCGGCAGCCCACUGAGGCACCCCGAGCCCCAGGAUGCAGCUGCCUUCACUCCCAUCUCCGUGGUCAGGAGCAUGACAAAGAAGUCUGAUGCCCUGCCCGUCAUCUCAGCCAUCGUUGUCAUCUUUGUCCUCCUGGCCAUCUUCAUCAUUGUCAUGGUGCACUACGGCCCGCAGCUCCGCACCAUCCAGAUCACCCUUUACCAUGAGCCCAUGCCGCAGGACCUGGACGACGGGGUGCACCUCAUGGACUGGAGGAAGCUGGGCUCCCAGAAGAAGCCCACUCAGCCUGGGCAGUGGGAGCCGGGUGGCAACCUGAGCUGCCAGUGCUCCUGCAAGCACCACCUGCCCUGUGGGAGCAUCGAACCCAACGUCAUCGAGGUCACGUAUCUGUAACAAGGUUUGGGCAGGACCCAAGGGAAAAACAGUGACUGUGCUGUUGGCUCAGCCCAAGACUAGCUGGUUCCUGCACACUGGGGCUGUAUCUGGCUCCAGAUGGCCUCACUAGGAAGCUGUGUCGCUGCAGUGACCCAUCGUCAGCCCUGACAUCCAGGCCGCUAUCACCAGGCAGUGCGUGGUGCCGGCCAGGCAAUGACAUUGGUGUCUGAUUGCCCUGAGCCAGAGCUGGGAGUGGGUCAGCCUGCGUGGGACGGCAUCAGCAUCCCUUCUGGUUUUUCUUGCCCUGCUUUCACCCACGCUGCCUGGGAGCACCCAGGAGAGCUGCCUCAGUCUUCUCUCCAUCUGGGGAGUGUUGAGUGAACGCUCGGCCCCUUGGCACAAGCUGGAAGUUGCAUCAUUUGGAAUUGCUUUAUGGAUUAGGGAUGUUUUCACAUACAGUGUCCUCGUUAUUUUGUUUGCAUGGCACAGAAAAGCCACCUGUCCCAUUUUUGCUCCGUGCCACGGCCCGCUUCCCCCUGCUGCAGAGCUGAUUGCCAUCCUCCUGCUGGCUGGCCCCGGUGCGGUCCCAGCUGCCCCGCCAGCUGCCUGCAGUGCAAUGUGUGCAGUGAUGGGGAUGGGACAACAAACUGGGGCUUCUUCCCAUUCCUCCAGGUGCCGGAUGUUUCUGACCCUGCUGAUGCUCUGGCUCCCUUCAGCUCACACGAUUCCGGCUUGUUUUACUUUAAAGCGAAGUAGUGGUUGGACUUGUUGGA